CCCGGGAAAGUGCUUCGGCUGAUACACCUUCUCGAGUCCUAAUGGAAUGACGCGGAAGGCCCGAGGAGACCUGAACGGUAAAGCUGCGACUGCGAAGCCCUAAUACAUCAGGCCACUACAGUAGGUGCCUUAUCCGAUCUUAUACCACGACGAUGAAGUUCCCGAUAGAAGAUGUUACCGUGUACUUCCCCUAUGAUAACAUAUACCCAGAACAAUACGCCUACAUGCUGGAGUUGAAGCGAGCCCUUGAUGCUCGGGGUCAUUGCCUCCUUGAAAUGCCAACAGGUACAGGCAAGACUAUUGCCCUCCUUUCCCUGAUCACCAGCUACACUCUCUCCAAACCCCAGAACCCAGUUAAGCUUAUCUAUUGUACUCGCACUGUCCACGAGAUGGAGAAGACUCUCGCCGAACUCAAAUUACUCCACAACUACCAGCUUCAGCAUCUGGGUCCUGCUGCGAAGAUCUUGGCUGUGGGAUUGUCUUCGAGGAAGAACCUCUGUAUCAAUCCCAGGGUUUUGGCCGCAGAGAACCGGGACUCGGUUGAUGCUGGCUGCCGCAAAUUGACUGCUAGCUGGGUCAGAGCGUUAGCUGCUGAGAACCCGAGAAUCCCGACUUGUGAGUUUUUUGAGCAGUAUGAGAGGGCCGGCUCUUCUGCAGUAUUGCCUCCUGGAGUAUAUACCUUACAGGAUCUGAGAGCAUUUGGGAAGGAGAAGGGGUGGUGCCCAUACUUUUUGGCACGACAUAUGGUGCAAUUUGCAAACGUGGUUGUCUACAGUUAUCAAUAUUUACUUGACCCCAAGGUGGCUAGCAUAAUUUCCAAGGAGAUGCAGAGAGAGUCUGUCAUUGUUUUUGAUGAGGCUCACAAUAUUGAUAAUGUCUGUAUUGAAGCACUUAGUGUGAGUGUCAGGAGGCAGACUAUUGACGGUGCUAGAAGAAAUCUCCAUAAGAUAAAUCAGGAAAUUGACAAGUUCAAGGCCACCGACGCGGGUAGGCUACGUGCUGAAUAUAAUAGGCUUGUUGAGGGUUUGGCUCUCAGAGGAGACCUACCUGCUACGGAUGCCUGGCUUGCAAAUCCAGCCUUGCCUGAUGAUAUUUUGAAGGAGGCUGUACCUGGAAACAUUCGCCGAGCUGAGCAUUUUGUUCAUGUUUUACGUAGAUUAGUUCAAUAUCUUGAAGGGCGCUUAGAAACUGAGAAUCUGGAGAAGGAAAGCCCUAUAGCCUUUGCUAACUCUGUUCUGAAUCAUGCUGGAAUUGACCAAAAAACACUCAAGUUCUGUUAUGAUCGCCUGCAUUCGUUGAUGUUGACGUUGGAAAUUACAGACACUGAUGAAUUUCUACAUAUCCAAACUAUAUGUGAUUUUGCCACGCUUGUUGGCACAUAUGCUCGAGGGUUUUCCAUUAUAAUUGAACCUUAUGAUGAGAGAAUGCCACAUAUUCCUGAUCCUGUAUUGCAGCUUUGCUGCCAUGAUGCUUCUCUUGCAAUAAAGCCUGUUUUUGAGCGAUUUCAGUCGGUUGUGAUUACAUCUGGCACACUCAGCCCUAUAGAUCUAUAUCCUCGUCUUCUGAAUUUCAACCCAGUUGUCAGUCGAAGUUUUACAAUGUCCUUAACAAGAGAUUGCAUAUGCCCUAUGGUUCUUACACGGGGCAGUGAUCAGCUUCCAGUUAGUACCAAAUUUGAUAUGAGAAGUGAUCUGGGAGUAGUGAGGAAUUAUGGAAGGCUCCUGUUGGAGAUGGCUUCAGUUGUUCCAGACGGAAUUGUAUGUUUCUUUGUCAGUUACUCAUAUAUGGAUGGAAUAGUCAAUAGCUGGAAUGAAAAUGGAAUUUUGAAGGAAAUAAUGCAACACAAGCUUGUUUUUAUUGAGACUCAAGACGUGGUAGAAACUACAUUGGCUCUUGAUAACUACCGCAAGGCUUGUGAUUGUGGAAGGGGUGCUGUCUUUUUUUCCGUUGCUAGGGGGAAAGUUGCUGAAGGUAUAGAUUUUGAUCGACAUUAUGGAAGACUUGUGAUCAUGUUUGGUGUACCUUUCCAAUAUACAUUAAGCAAAAUUUUGCUAGCCCGCCUAGAAUAUCUACGUGAUACUUUUCAAAUUAAGGAGGGAGAUUUUCUAACUUUUGAUGCCUUGAGGCAAGCUGCUCAAUGUGUGGGCCGUGUAAUUCGGUCAAAGGCUGAUUACGGGAUGAUGAUUUUUGCAGACAAAAGGUACAGUCGUCAUGACAAACGUUCCAAGUUGCCUGGUUGGAUACUGUCCCAUUUACGUGAAGCUCACCUGAACCUGAGCACAGACAUGGCUUUGUAUAUAGCACGUGAGUUUCUCCGGAAGAUGGCACAGCCAUAUGACAAGACUGGGGGUAGUAGCAAGAAAACUCUGUUAUCCCAGGAAGACUUGGAGAAGAUGAUGGUUGAAGGUAAAUUGAACGAUAUGUUGCAUUGAGACUUUGGCCUUCAUGAACUGUUCCAAUCAGUUCUUUCCGGUAAUUUCCAUUGCUCACACCGUGGUCGAAGAGUUGAUAUGGUGCCACGGAGAAGGUACCUCUGACUGUGGGGAAGAUAUGGCCGGGUGAUUGGACAGUAUCUUAAAUAUCUAGGUGUUUAAAUAAAUCAUGCAGUUGUUGAGAACGUUGCGGAUGUAUCAGUUUUGUUGAGUGGGUGAUAAUAUACAUUAUACAGUAAUAUUUUUUGGGAGCAACAUGGAAGACUGUGUUAAAUUAUUGUUUAAAAUAUAAUUUUGAUUAG